AUAACCGUCUGGCAACGCCACACAUGCAAUCGCUGGCAUCGCCUUAAUUUAAUGGCAGACUUAUAAAAAACGGUGAAACGGUGGGAGUGAUCUUUGUUUUGUAUCCAAGCAAACCCUAGAAACGCAAAAUAGGCGUUGCACACAUUACAGUGUUUUGGCUAAAUGCCCGGGCAAGUGAUAACCAAGUUUUUGCAAUGAAUAGAACGCUACCUAUGCGAAAAAUAAAUGAAAAAUUCCACGGAAAUCAAGUUCUCAUGAGUACGCAGACAUACGCGGAAGCGUGAAAUAGAAGAGACCCCAGUGAAAAACAAAUCAUACGAACUUUGUACGCGACUGCAGUGGACGGGAAACCCACACAAACACAAACAUAAACACACACACACUUUUGAAAACAAAGAAAAAAAAAACGCAGAAGAAAUGUCUGCACAGCGAAUGAAUGCGGUGGAGCGGGAUUUGGAGAAGUUUAUCAAAUACCUGGUGCUGAAGUCCGCCCAGGUGGUUGUGCAGUCGCGCCUAGGAGAGAAGAUGCAGACUCAGUGUAACCCGUUGGCAGGAAGCGACUGGUUCAAUAUAGCCGUGCCGGAUCACCCCGAGGUUCUGGAGGAGACCAAGAGGGCUCUGUUCUUGAAAUCUGGGGAAAGCAUUCUGCAGAGACUGCCCCUUUGCGUGGAAAUCUCCCUGAAGACCGCAGAAGGCGACCAGAUGGUCCUGGAGGUGUGGUCGCUGGAUCUUUUGCAACCGUCUAACGGUACGAUUCCUGCUGCAAACGACGCCAAAGGCGAGACAAAUGGCCUGAAUGGUGAGGGGCAGACGCUGAAGGCUGCCCACGCCAUAUACAACCGGAUGAGCAUCAUGCUGAAGUCCCUAAUCUCGUUGACCCGCACUACACCCGCCUACAAGUUGUCGCGCCGCCAGUGCCCCGACUCCUACGGCAUCUUCUACCGCAUCUACGUGGACAGACCCCAGGUGCACACACUGGGUGAGGGUCACAAGCACGUGAAGAUCGGUCAGCUCAACACUAUUGUGGGCUCGCUGGUGAUGUCGGUUUCCUAUCGAACCAAGCUAACGAUUUCGCCAACGACCGCCCAGGCGGAAAGCAAUACGAUUAUGCUCAAGUCCGACCACUUCAGACCCGCCACGGAUAUUACUUCACCGAACACUCAGCAGCAACAACACAACGGAACCGGCCUGGCCAAGAAACUGGGCAUGGGAGCGUUUAAUCCUGCCCUGGGAUCCGGCGACCGCCGUUGCAUCGACAUCGAGAAGCCGCUGCGUCCUGGAGCGUUCGCCGAUACGGGCAAGCUGAAGCAGUACACGGAGGAUGACUUUGUACUGCCAGAAACGCCCCCGUUCGAGUGGCUGCUCAAAGGUCGCGGCUCAGUGGAAUCCCUCAACCGCCUCGACAAUAAUGUGACGGCCAGUGCCCUGAGCAUCAACAAUAAUAACAAUCACCAUGCCAAUAACUUUAAUCACAGUGGCCAGAGCAGUAAUCUCAACAACAAUUCGACUGGAUUUAAGAGUUUCGAGAAGAACUCAGGUAGCUCGAUAUCGCCCAUUAAGAGCCUGCUCAUCCCCGCCACCGCCACAGCCGCCUAUCGCCAUCAUUCGGAGCCAGCGUUGCAGCCACCGCCUGAUGAUGAUAACCUGCUCAAGGAACUGCACUUUCCCUUCGCCUCACCCACGUCGCACGUGAAUGAUCUAGCCAAGUUCUACCGGGAGUGCUAUCAUGCUCCGCCCCUGCGCGGCUUAAAUGAACUGCAGGCGGAGAUAGCGUCGAUUGCCUCGGCUGCAUCGACAACGAACGGUGGCGGUUCGGUGGGGGCCUGUGGAGCUACGGCAGCGGCUACAGCGGUGGCCACCAGUGCCGUCGAUGCCAGCGCCAUGGACGAUCUGUCGCGCCAGCUGGAACAGUUUGAGACUUCGCUGGAGGACUACGACAAGCUAGUGUCGCAGUUCGGGCUCACGGGCUCCUCCUCGACGGGCAGUCGCAGCAGUGGCGGCCUGCAGAUGAGCAACUGA